UAUAGGACCCCAGACCCCUCAUACCAGACCAGGCCCCAACCCAUAGUCACAGAUCAAAUGCUCAAUGUAGUCCGAUCCUAUACAUAAAUAAAACCAUGCACGAGGACUAGCCCUCAGACCAGUCGGUGUUCUGUAAUUAUCUCUGUAUAUAUAGAACCACCCACUCACAUUCCUCUUCAUUACUUAAUUUAGAGAGAGAGAGAGCUAGUGAGUAGUCGUGUGUAAGAGACCAAGAGUUUUAAUGGAAAACAAAAGAGUGAAAGCUUUGCAGCCAGAGCAACCAAAUAGUUGGAACAAGAAGAACUUGUGGAGGCCAGAGGAGGACUUGAUUUUGAAGAAGUACGUGGAGACUCAUGGUGAAGGAAACUGGGCAACUGUUUCCAAGCGAUCAGGUUUGAAUCGGAAUGGAAAGAGCUGUAGGCUAAGAUGGAAGAACUACUUGAGACCCAACAUCAAACGUGGAGACAUGUCCCAGGAGGAGGAAGACCUCAUUAUCCGAAUGCAUAAGCUUCUUGGCAACCGUUGGUCACUGAUUGCUGGUCGGCUUCCUGGUCGAACGGAUAAUGAAGUGAAGAACUACUGGAAUACCCAUUUGAACAAGAACAACACCGCCUGCCACUGCCCCGCACCGGCACCUGGAGGCAGGCGCGGCCGCAAAAGAAAAACCAAUGAUCAUGACCACUACUCGGACGAUACUCAUCACCAUCAAGACAACUGCCAAUGUAGUAACAAAAGGAGCAAAAUCAUCAGCAGUACUGAAACAACUAAGACCGAAAGCAUCACUCGUGAAGAGGAACCGAAAUAUGGAAUUAGCAGCAAAGAGGACGAUCAAAGUAGUAGUAGUAUCAUGAGCACUAUGACAGCAACAAGUUACCCAUACUGGAUGGGUGACUACAGUAGUAACACAGAUCAGAGCUUGAAUUUCGACUACGCAGACAUAGACCAUCAGUAUUCGCCAAGCAGCAGCUGGGUUCAGUACUACCUGCCUACAAUUACAAACAACAAUGCAACAUCGUCGUCGACAUUUGUGUUCGAUGACGAGCCUUUCAUUGCCUAUAUGGAUUCUUUUCUCUUGCUCGAAGCAGCAUUUGGAUGCACCAGUGCUGCCACUGCUACUAGUGAGGGAAUGCAAUCAUCAGUUAUGAUGCCAUUAUCAUCUGCUAAUGAUCCUCAUUCCCCACACUUCUAG